GAUGGGGGAUGGGCCUGUGACAGGAGGUGCCCUGGGUGUCCUCUUUCGGCCCCAUGGAGUCCUCCCCCAUCCCCCAGUCAUCAGGGAACUCUUCCACUCUGGGGAGGGUCCCUCAGACCCCAGGUCCCUCUACUGCCAGCGGGGUGCCGGAGGUGGGGCUUCGGGACGUGGCCUCAGAGUCCGUGGCCCUGUUCUUCAUGCUCCUGCUGGACUUGAUCGCCGUGGCUGGCAACGCCGCUGUGAUGGCCGUUAUCGCCAAGACCCCCGCCCUCCGAAAAUUUGUCUUCGUCUUCCACCUCUGCCUGGUGGACCUGCUGGCCGCGCUGACCCUCAUGCCCCUGGCCAUGCUCUCCAGCUCUGCCCUCUUCGACCACGACCUCUUUGGGGAGGUCGCCUGCCGCCUCUACUUGUUCCUGAGCAUAUGCUUCGUUAGUCUGGCCAUCCUCUCCGUGUCGGCCAUCAACGUGGAGCGCUACUAUUACGUGGUCCACCCCAUGCGCUACGAGGUGCGCAUGACGCUGGGGCUGGUGGCCUCCGUGUUGGUGGGCGUGUGGGUGAAGGCCUUGGCCAUGGCCUCCGUGCCCGUGUUGGGCCGGGCCUCCCGGGAGGAGGGGGCCCCCGGCCUCCCCCCGGGCUGCUCGCUGCACUGGAGCCGCGGCGCCUACUGCCAGCUGUUCGUGGUGGUGUUCGCCGUCCUUUACUUCUUGUUGCCUCUGCUCCUCAUCCUUGUGGUCUACUGCAGCAUGUUCCGGGUGGCCCGGGUGGCCGCCCUGCAGCGCGGCCCGCUGCCCACCUGGAUGGAGACGCCCCGCCAACGCUCGGAGUCCCUCAGCAGCCGCUCCACCAUGGUCACCAGCUCCGGGGCUCCCCAGACCACCCCGCACCGGACGUUCGGGGGAGGGAAGGCCGCAGUGGUCCUGCUGGCUGUGGGGGGACAGUUCCUGCUCUGUUGGCUGCCCUACUUCUCUUUCCACCUCUACGUUGCCCUCAGUGCUCAGCCCAUUUCCACUGGGCAGGUGGAGAAUGUGGUGACCUGGAUCGGCUACUUCUGCUUCACCUCCAACCCUUUCUUUUACGGAUGUCUCAAUCGACAGAUCAGGGGGGAGCUUAGCAAGCAGUUUGUCUGCUUCUUCAAGCCAGCUCCAGAGGAGGAGCUGAGGCUGCCCAGCCGGGAGGGCUCCAUCGAGGAGAACUUUCUGCAGUUCCUCCAGGGUACCGGCUGUCCCACAGAGUCCUGGGCUGCCCGACCCCUCCCCAGCCCCAAGCAGGAGACACCUGCUGUAGACUUUAGAAUUCCAGGCCAGAUAGCUGAAGAGACCUCUGAGUUCUUGGAGCAGCAACUCACCAGCGACAUCAUCAUGUCGGACAGCUACCUCCAUCCGGCCCCCUCACCUCGACGGGAAUCGUGACUGGGCUGCUGGACACCCGGAGGGAGAUGGGGCCGGGGCUGCUUGUGACUGAAGGAACACCUUGUGGGGUCACCUAUUCCCGGCUAGCAGGGGCUGGGGCUGGGGUCUCUGCACACGGCUUUUGCUUAGUGUUUUCUGGAUCAGGAACAAUGCCAACGGGAUGAACGUGUGGCACAAACCUUGGACAUGGCUUUGAUCCUUGACUACUGGGGGAGGGAACCUGGUGAAAUGGUAAUGAGAAUAAAGGGUCACGAAGGAUUGGCCUCCCUGAUCUCUCUCCUCAUGGCAGUGGCCCACCUCCAGCCCCCUGGACAAUCGGGUACAAGAGACUAAGGUUGGGAAUGGGAAGGGUGGGGUUUCCAUGGUCCAUUAAAUGCUUCCCUACUCCCAUUCAUCGCUCUCAAAAGUAGCUUCAGUGACAAAGACUUAAAUCUCUCUCCUAUCUGCAGCCCUGGGUUGGAGAGAGGGCACAGGAAUUGGGUUCAGCUGUUCACUGAUUGAGGCUGUAGGAAUUUGACGGUUGGUAUCAGUGGUGGUAUUUUCAAGGGAAGAGGAAUAGUUGCAAACUGGACAGGACACCCAUCUGGGACUCCUUGUCCAUCCAUUUCCCUCAAUUGAAUCAAGUAAUAUUAAAGGGAUGAGGCAGGACCAGAGGGUGUUCUGAUCUGUAUGUGAAGAAAUUCCUGGCUCAUUGAACAUUGAAGGGUAAGAUGGGUUGGUGGGAGUGGGAUAG